CUCGAAUCGAUACGGCAAAGUAAAACAUAGUAAAAGAUUAAGUGGCACUAACUCUGCUCUUUCCCAGUGUGGGCAAAUACGGCUGUAGGACGUGAUAAUGAAUGAGAUGCACGCCUGCUCACGUUUGCCUAUUUAACGCUGUCUAGCGAUUAAUUGAAAUGGGCCCACGACUUUUUCCUCGAGGAUUAUCUUCUAGUUGGAGUUCCAGUUGCGAAAUAGUAUCAAACCGAGCCUGCCGGACGGACAAUUCAAUAACGAGGGUCAUCCACGUACGAGAAAAUUCGUGUGUAUAGUUGACUGGUUCUUCCGCAGGUCGAGUAUCACGUCAUCGGGUCGUUGAUGAACGCAACGGAUAAAAGAGUUUUGAGCGCAGGCGCCAUCCACAAAACACUGGCGCUGGUGUAUAAUAGUAACUGGCGAGAACGCUUGGCCCGUCAGUCGACGUUUAACUUGGACGCACAGCAGAUUGUGCCAGUCUCAAUCCAACCCAUGAUGAAUUAAGAAAACGUAUUUAGUGAUUCGCAGAAUACAAGUGAUGGAUUGUUUGAUUUAAAAAAUCGUGAUUUUGAAAUCGGGCAAAUGUGGAUGUGGUCGAAAUAGGAUGAACUACUACACGAAAGACACGAUGUGUUGUGACGGAUCGCUCACAACUUUGAGUCGUCAAGGCCGCUCACGACCGCCGUUACCGGCUCGACAACUCACCAAACUUGUCGACACACAACAACAACCUCAUUGAUAUUCGCAUCAGAACAGGUACAACAUCGAUGGAUUCUGCUGGCCAAUGGAACGUUCAUCUCAUGACGAUUGGUGACACUAUUAAUAAUCAAACGUCUUACUACAGCAGCGACGAUGGACGAACCAUUGGAUUUGCCACCAGCAUGGCAGCAGCCAUGAAUUACAGUUUAAUUGAAACGGUGCUCAUCAGCGCCGCCCUGCUGGCCAUUAUUGUCGGUACCGUCGUCGGCAAUGUUCUCGUCUGCAUCGCCGUCUGCCUAGUCCGACGCUUACGACGGCCUUGCAACUACCUGCUGGUGUCGUUGGCCGUGUCGGACCUGUGCGUAGCUCUGCUGGUGAUGCCGAUGGCCCUCGUUUACGAAGUGCUGGGCACGUGGCCGUUCGGCGCCCGGGUCUGCGACACUUGGGUCGCCUUCGACGUCCUCUCGUGCACGGCGUCCAUCCUCAACUUGUGCAUGAUCAGCGUCGAUCGCUACUGGGCCAUCACCCGGCCGUUGGACUACGGCGUGAAAAGGACGCCGGCCCGGAUGAUCUUCUGCGUCGCCCUCGUCUGGAUCUCUUCGGCCUGCAUCUCUUUGCCGCCGCUUCUCGUCCUGGGCAACGAGCACGGGCCCAUAUCCACCAACAACAGCCAUCCUCAGCUGCUGGACGGAGAUGCAUUCGGACAAGACAUGCAAUGUCAAGUGUGUCAAGAAUUUGGCUAUCAAAUCUACGCCACGUUGGGAUCGUUUUACAUCCCGUUGGCCGUCAUGGCCGCCGUCUACUAUCAGAUAUUCCAGGCAGCCAAACGCAUCGUGGACGAAGAGAAGAAAGCGCAAAGCCAUUUGCUGAUGACACGGACCAGCAGCUGCGUUAAAUCUGUCCAGGAGAAAUCUAAAUCGAAAGCGCUGAAUGCAGUGCAGUCGUCUCUUCUGGUCCAUCCGUAUCAAACGAGCGUGUGCAACAAUGCCGCUCUGGUCGUCGUGCGUCGUCAUAGCGAUCAACAACUGCAAACGUCAAACAGACGGGACAAUGCAGUCACAGAUGCAGCACUUACCAACAAUGAAGUGUGGAGCAAGGACACGAACGGUGGCCAUCCAGUCACCUGGCCAGACACAGCCAGUAAAGCACAAACGGACAAUACAACAAUGUCGUCGGACAUUCCUGUGACGGGCACGACAAUCAACCGAAGCGAAGGCCAGCAGCCACCGUCUAAACGCCGUCGCAGCAAUCAGUUGACUCAUCGUCGGGCAAGUCGAGUUCGUUUACGUUUCGCUCUCAACAAAGAACGCAAGGCGUCGACAACGUUGGGAAUUAUAAUGAGCGCCUUCACGUUGUGCUGGUUCCCUUUCUUCGUGCUGGCCUUGGUCCGUCCGUUCAUGAGCCACCAAACGGCCUCUAUGGUGAUUCCACAAUGGCUUUCCUCUCUCUUCCUGUGGCUCGGCUACGCCAACAGCUUCCUUAAUCCCGUCAUCUACGCCACGACCAACAAGGAUUUCCGACUGCCCUUCCGUGAAAUCCUCUGCCUGCGAUGCAAGUCACUCAACAGCGUCAUGAGGGAGGAUUUCUACCAGUCGCAGUACGGCAACAACCAACAACUGAUGGACACGACGGCCAACAAUAACAAGUCGGGAUUGAUGGCUGGACAGCCUUCGUCUCCAUCAUCUUCGUCAUCGAUUUCGCAUCCGAAAGUGUCCGGCAAUCGUCGCCGACGGCGUCGAUGCUCCACCGAAUCGGUUGGCAUCGAGCAGAAUAAUCGGAAAAUGGGCGCACCGGAAGAGGAUGACGCAACAGAUUACGGCGUCAUGACCGCUGGCCAUCGUGAAAGUUCAUCAUCGGCAACCGCCUUCCUCUGAAUGAACAGUCAACUCGAAUUUCUCUUUUCUGCUCGUCAUUCCUUUACAUUUAUCGUGGUGUCAACUGUUUUGAUUUGAGGACCGAUUGGCUUUUGAUUUGAUUCAUUUUCGACAAAAUUUAGUGAUUAUGAUGGCAAGAUAUUUCAUACCGUGCUAAUAUUAAAUACUAUUUACAAAAUAACGUGAGGCUCCAUGUAAAUUGUAUUCUGUAAUUGUAUUUCACGCCUCUCUGUCGUCGUGAAACGUGUCAACAUUUAAUCAUGACAGAUGUAUUUUAA